AUGCUGGCAAGAUUAUUGCUGGUGUCGUUCUUUCGAGAUGCUGCGAAGAAUAGGAACAUCCCUGUGGAUGUGCCUCUGAGUCUCAACAAGAACGCGGCAACGGCUUAUCUUGCGCUCACGGAGACCUACAUGCACAUUGACUACAGGCUCUCAGGAUGGAUUUGCGUCCGCUACCCCAAAGUCAUCCGUGACACCAUCGAGCGGGAGCCUGUUGAAAUGGAUGGCCGAAUGGUGCCUGUAGAUUUGGAUGAGGCUCCGAACGGUGAUUUCGACAAUCUCUACCUAGACAUGAAUGGAAUCAUCCAUCCUUGUUGUCAUCCUGAAGAUGGCCCAGCACCAGAGGAUGAGGAGCACAUGUAUGAGAACAUUUUCCUCUAUCUCGAUCGCCUUUUCCGCAUUGUCAGGCCCAAGCGACUUGUCUACAUGGCCAUUGAUGGCGUGGCGCCGCGCAACUUGGUUCAUUUUACCCCGGGCUGGGGCAUAUUAAGAUGGAAUCCGGGCUUGCAGGGCUUUUGGUCGUACAGUCUUAACAUGAAACGUAACUCGUCCAACCCCAAAGAGCUAGGUGCCGCUUGUGAAGGGCAUCCAAAAAAGGUCUCUUUUUUGGAAGUUGGCCCACCCAAGGCUAUAGAUUGCCUCCCCUCAAACACCACUCUGCACCAAAAUCUCAACAUUCCUUCCGUCCAUCUGUGA